CGGAACUUGCUGAAUCAAAACAAUGGCCGACUGGAGCUAGCUAACGUUACGUAAAAAAAAAAAAGAAGAAUGCUAGUUUCAACUGUAGAUAAACAGGUGUGCAUUAUUUUUUAAAGACGAUAUCAGUGUUAUGAGCAAAUGAUUCACUAGGUGUACUUUACGAGCAAGAAGCUAGCUGUUUGCGGCCUGCUUUGAGCGUCGCCAUGAGUGAUGUUGUCGAGAAGACUCUGUCUGCUCUCCCGAGCCUCCUUUCGCUAGACUCGCAGGCAGGAGCUGGGAAACUUUCUCCCUCCUCCAAAUUAGGGAAUCUGAUCAAAGGAAUCACCGAAUUGACAUCCAAACAUGAGGAGGAAAGACUUAUUAAAAAGGAACUGGAGUCUAUCAAGGAGCAGGUAGCGUCUCCCAACACCACCAUGCGUCAGAUGAAGGAAAUAAUGGUGAGAGCCAUCUACUGUGAGAUGCUGGGUUACCAGGCGUCCUUCAGUUACAUUCACGCCAUCAAGCUGGCCCAGCAGGGCAGUGUCCUGGAGAAGAGAGUGGGUUACCUCGCUGUAUCCUUGUUCCUUAAUGAAACCGAUGAGUUUCUGCUACUCCUGGUGAACACAGUCCUAAAGGAUCUGCAGAGUACCAACCUGAUCGAGGUGUGCAUGGCUCUAACUGUCGUCAGUCAGAUGUUUCCCAAAGAUAUGAUACCUGCCAUUCUACCGGUGGUGGAGGAGAAACUCACACAUCCAAAGGAGAUCAUCCGGAGGAAAGCAGUCCUGGCUCUGUACAAGUUCUACCUGAUCGCACCUAACCAGGUGCAACACAUCCACAGCAAGUUUAGGAAGGCCCUGUGUGACAAAGACCCCGGAGUCAUGACAGCCUCUCUACACAUCUACCUACAGCUCAUCAAGGAGAACCCAGAGAGUUACAAGGAUCUGACCGGGAGCAUGGUGACCAUCCUGAGGCAGGUGGUUGGAGGUAAACUCCCCCUGGACUUCAACUACCACAGUGUUCCUGCUCCCUGGCUUCAAAUACAGCUGCUCAGGAUACUGGCCUACCUGGGGAAGGAAGACCAGGGCACUAGUGAGAUGAUGUAUGAUGUACUGGAGGAGUCAUUAAGAAGAGCAGAGAUGAAUCACAACAUUACUUACGCCAUUUUAUUUGAGUGUGUGAAGACCAUCUAUACAGUUCAUCCAAAGUCACAACUGUUGGAGAAAGCAGCAGAAUGUAUCGGGAACUUUGUCCUAUCGCCUAAGAUCAACCUCAAAUAUCUGGGUCUGAAGGCUCUGACGUACGUGGUGCAGCAGGAUGCUAACCUGGCCCUGCCUCACCAGAUGACCAUCAUAGAGUGUCUGGACCACUCUGACGUCAUCAUUAAGCGCGAGACACUAGAGUUACUCUUCCGAAUCACCAAUGCCCAGAACGUUACAGUGAUCGUCGAGAAGAUGCUUGAGUUCCUCAGGCUGACCUGUGACGACUACAGCACUAUAGACCUCGUGGGGAAAGUAGCAGAACUAGCUGAAAAGUAUUCCCCAGACAAUGUCUGGUUCAUCCAGACUAUGAACUCUGUGUUCUCUCUGGGGGGAGACGUGAUGCAGCCUGACAUCCCUAACAACUUCCUGAGACUACUGGCUGAAGGUGUUGAUAAUGUGGAGGACAGGCAGCUGAGGCUAUUUGCUGUGGACUCCUACGUGUCCUUACUACAGGGGGAGACGGCCAAGCUGCCCCAACGCUUCCUACAGGUCAUCAGCUGGGUGCUGGGUGAGUAUUCCUACCUGAGAGAGGAGGAAUCAGACCCAGGCAGCGUGAUGAGACUGCUGGCCAGACUACUGGACCAGAGACACACCUCCACUGAGACCAGGAGCUGGGUACUGGGGGCCAUGACCAAGCUGUGCUCCAGCCCAGUGUCUGUGGCCCUGGCCAGGGAUGUGUGUGAGAGGUACUCUGGGUCUCUGAAUACGGUGCUCCGGCAAAAAGCCCAGGAACUGAUGAUCCUUAGCCAGGAUACAAAGCUCCGAGCCAGGGUACUGCCAGCCGAGGGCAGGCUAGAAAGCCUGGAGGUAGACUCGUCCCUGUCCUUCCUGGAUGGCUAUGUGUCGGAGGCGUUGGCUGCUGGGGCAGCUCCUUACAAAUCUCCUCAUCAGAGGCAGGAGGACCUGGUCCAGGAGAAAGCUCUGAGCCUGGAGCCCUAUGGUCUGUCCCUGCCGGUCAGUCUGUCGUCCUGCAGCAUCACAGACAGACGGUCUCCUACUCUGCUCUCCAUGAGCUCCGGCCUGUCUGGAAACAGCACUGAGCUAUCUCACCAAGAAGGCUCUACCACUCUGAAGUUGGAGGGGGUGAAGAGGGUGUGGGGGAAGGACGGGUACCUGGCCCAGCAGCAGAGUGCAGGUGAGACCCCAACCCCCCUAGUGGAGCUGCCCAGUCCCCUGCUGUCCCCUCAGAGCCCACCCUCCCAGACACAGAAACCCUCCUCUGGACUUGAGCCUGACCAGGAGAAACGGCAGCUGGCCUCGUCGCUCUUUGUUGGCCUGGGGUCCCACAACUCUGUGUGUCUGAUGGGCCGAGCCGAGACGGCGCCCCGACACUUCAGAAGGAAACCCAGAGGGGAGUCAUCAUCAGGCGCCAGCGAAGGCUCCUCUGACUCCUCCCACUCGUCUCGCAGCGCUGCCGUUGACAACCUUCUGCUUAGCAACCUACUGGACUCGACCACUUUGGCCUCAGAGGGGGGUGCUGCUACCACCACCACACCUCAACAGACCUCCCAGAGAACACUGGACCAUACCACUAGCAAUGGUAACCCCCAUGUAGAGGGGACGGAGCAGAGAGUAGAGGCAGGAGGACCUCUCUCUCUGAUCAGGGGAAAUGGCAUGGUGGCUGUUGUACCGCCCACACACACACAGACAGACCCACAAACACAACAAGAUCUACACCCAGCUCCAGCCCUAGAGAGACCCAGGGACCUCCCUCUCACCUCCCACCUGCCAGCAGAGCUCUCUGGGCUGGCCCGCUCUGAGUUCACCCCCCUCUGCUCGGACCAGGACUCCAGCCUGGCUCUGUCAGCCUGUAGAGUGUAUAAAGAGGAUGCCUUAGUGUUGCUGGUCUUCAUUUCCAACAACAAUGACUCGGCGCUCCACCAGAUGGCGCUGCAACUCACCUGCAAAGAACUGGAGAUCUCCUGUAUCUCAGGUAGUCCGUUAAAGGAGGUUAAGGGUCACAGUGUGUCGGUUUGUCUGCACACUGUUGUCAUGAAGAGAGCCUCAGUCCAGGUGGAGCUGGCUGGGUUACUGUCCUACCAGAGACCCUUGGGCCAGCCCCAGGCAGCACAGUUCUCACUGAGCCUCUCUCUGAAACACUUCCUCAGGCCGUUGACUGUGUCCACAGGGGAUUAUGGGAAAAUGUGGUUGUCUUUCUCUCAUGACUUGAAGCAGAACCUUCAACUGGUAACAACAGAACACCAAGAACCUCUGACGGCCACACUGGACGCGCUGAAGGGCAAACUACACCUCCACGUUGUCGACAUCAUAGGGUCGGAGGGCAUCGUGGCGUGCCGGCUGCUUCAGGGUCCAGGUCAGGGUCAGCCGUGUCUGCUUCACUGUCGUGUCCACGCUGACUCUCUGGCCGUGUGGCUGCGCUCCCCUGUCCCUGAGCUGCCUGACUCCCUCCUCUACCACUGUCAGAAAGCCCUGACGGAGACCUGAGCCGGGCCGUGUCUCAUUCCAGGAAGUUGUUCCCUUCCUUCUGCCAUCGUUCACCUCACUGAUCAUUUUUAAAAAAAGAAGUUAUAUGGCAGCGACUAAGGAUGCGCUUAGACAGGCAGCCCAAUUCUGAUUUAAAAAAAAUCACUAAUCGGUCUAAUCCAAUCAGCACUGAAGAUCUGAUGUGAUUGGUCAAAAGACCAAUUAGUGGAGAGAAAAAAAAAGAGAAUUGGGCUGCCUGUCUUUUUGGUUUAUACCUGACCAGUUGUUUGUCUCAUCGGUAAAGGAGAGUCGACAAGGACGAAGGGGAGGAAACCACUUUAUGGAAUGAAGUGCAGCCCUGCGCUCACAGGCCCCAAGCACCACCACUGAGGAGCCAACGGAAGUACAUAGAAUCUCCUCAUUGAAGCAAUCACACAGAGACAUACAGUGGAAAGCAGCUGAUGUUAUGUGUCCUUGUCUUUGCAGUACAGUGUUUGCUAUAUAUUUUUCUCAACAGUGAUUUCACGUGGUUUUAUUUUUAUGCUCAUGUAUUUAAUGCGUUUUUAACAGGAACAUCUAAUUGUUCGUAUCGCUUCACAUAGCUCUUUGUGAAAACGUGAGCUGUGAACCUCAGAAGGAUCUAGAAGGAAAGCGUGCUCUGUAUUAGACACACUCUAGAAAUAAACAAACGCUUAUUAAAUGAGGAGUUCAGUGGUCUCUCAGUUCUACCA